AUAUGGAACCGGCGCCGACUGCCCUCCUCUCUCGCGAGAGCGAGCCGCGGCGAGGAGCUGGAGCGGCGCGCGGGCCGCCUGGGACCUGGCUGGGCGUGGGGCGGGAGGUGGAGCUACCAGGGCUCGGGGAAGCCGGGCGGAGCGCGGCGCUUGCGGCUAGCCUGGCGCGGAGGAAGUGGGAGCUGGGCCCGGCUGCCUGGAGCAGGGCUACAGGGCGCCGAGCUGUUGCUGGGAAUAUUGGGGGACCUGGGCCAGGCUGGGGGAGAGGCAGGGCACAGGCCUGGUCAUCGAGGCUAUUUUACUCUCAUACAUCAGAGGGAAGACUGCCCCUGUGGUUCUAGUACCUGGAGAUUAAUUUCACUUCCCUAGUGUGACUUACUUCUGCAAACUCAGUCCUAGCCCGCAGCCCUAGGGCCGCCUGUACGCAGGAGCCCAGGGAAUAAUGGGGCGGAGGAAAGCUGCUAAAUCGUCUCCAGCUGGAGUCCCCAGCGUGUUCUCACUUCAGGGUGACCCUGUCUUUUGGACUGGCGGAACCGCCUUUUUGUGCCUGGGCGGUGUACAGCGCCAAGGAUCAACCUCAAAGCAAGCAGCUGUGGACGUGUUUGACUCCGAGCAAGUGUUUGAGAAUAGGAAAUUCUUAGGGAAUAGGAAAUGGGAUUGAGGCAUUUGCUUCAAAAUGAAGCAUGUAAUGAAAUGCCCUGUGAAAUGGAGCUCAAACUUAGUGUCAGCACCAAAUAAUAAAAGAAGUGAAGUGACUGACACAAGGUCACAGAACAAAUAAGUGAUGGUCAGCAUUUGAAUUCUGGGGGUCUUCCCUUUAACCGCUGGACCAUGCUAUCUGUCUCUUGAGGUGGCGAGUUUUAUAGGCGCUAUUCAAGGCAGACGUGAGUCACUAAACUCUUUCUGAGUGGCAUACGGAUGCAAUUGCAUGAAACGCUGGUUAUUUUCCAGUUACAUAAAAUUGGGUUUUAAAAAGUAGGUGGAUGCAACAAAAACCAAAGAAUUGCGCUAGAAGAGGCUAUUAAAAGACGGGCUGUCAAGGUGUCUGAUCUUUUUGCUUCACUGUGUACCGUGCAGCGGAUGAGAAGUUUUAUGAGCUGCACCUGCACUUUUCUUCAGUAUCUGUGCAGUAUUCACAGACACAGCCCCCCAUGGGGUUGGAGAAGGGAGGGGAGAGGAUCAGACCCGGUCACCCCCUGGGGUUAGAGGCGGGCUCAGGCCCCCGCGGGUGAGCUGUGGCAGUGUCCCGUGCACCUCGCGCCCCACCCCGGGGUUGGCAGUUGGCGAGGCACGGACGCCCCCGUGAGUCUCGCGGCGGCGGCGGCUCAGGUUGCUGCCGGGGAGCGGGCGCUGCUCUCCCCCUGUUCCCGGCAAGCGAGGGGUGUGUCCCCGCCAGGGUUGGGGCAGGGGCCGGGCCCGGCGUGGGCGAGUCGAGAGAAGGGAGGGGGAGGCCGAGGGGGAGCCCAGCAGAGUGCGGGGUGCGGGCAGGGAGCCGAGGGCGUUCGGCCCCAGCCCCUCUGAAGAGCUGUCCCAGCCACAGGGAUCUGGGAACAAGGGUCCUAUUCCCCUGGGUGACCCCAGUGAAGUGACCCUUCGUGCUGCAGGGGAGGGGGUGCUAGCACUGCCAUUGUGCCACUACUGCGUGUGGACAGAGGACCUCAGCCUCCACCCCAGGGGGUUGGGUUCACAGGUGUUGGAAUUGGGGGUGCUAGUGCACCCCCUGUCUUUAAGUGGUUUUUUCCAUCAUAUCCACAGAUUACAGUUUGGUUCAGGGGUCCCCAACACGAUGCCUGCGGGCGCCAUCUAAAUGCACCCGCGUCCUGGCUGGUGGUCGAGCAACCGCCAAAUUUCUAUGGCAUUUCAGCGGUGACGCCUCUCGAUGACGCCGCUUGCCACCGACAAGCGACAUCAUCGAGAGGCGUCGCUGCCGAAAUGCCACAGCAAUUCGGUGACAUUUCGGCAGAUGCACGCCCACCACCAUGGUCCUUUGUCUGUCACCUGCCAGAUAAAAAGGUUGGGGACCACUGGUUUGAUUCAAUGGCUCUCAGUGCCCCCACUGUUUCAGCACCUGACCCAGGCUUGGAUGGGGUUACACCAGGGAUGGAUUUAUUCCCUGGCUUAGUCAGUUAAACAUUCUCUUUCAAUGAGACACUACAGUUCUGUGACCUCCUUCCUCCCUUCAGUGUCACAGGUAAGGACAACGGCUUUGAUUUCACCCUCUCGCCUUUCCUGUUCCCAUGUUUUUGACUGUCCACUAUUGGUGGGACCACAUGGAGCCAGAUUCUGAGAGUAUCAGCGCUCCCAGGCAGCUUGGGAAGUACAGAAUCAAGAGAGGCAUAUACACUGAGGAGCAGUUCCAGAAAAACUAUGAAAGAAACACUCCCUCCCCAAGGAACAGGGACUUCAGAAUCCAAGGAAGAGUCCAGUGCAGAUUCUCCUGGGCAAGAUUCAGGAAGAUCAUACUCAAGAUGUUUCCUAUCCUGAACUGGUUGUGUGCAUAUCGAGUCAGAGAGUGGUUCCUGAGUGACAUACAUGCAGGCCUAAGUGUGGGGAUGGUCCAGAUUCCGCAAGGACUGUCAGGAGUUUUGUUAACGAGGUUACCACUACCAAUUGUCAAUGGCUUCUAUUCUGCAUUCUGCUGCUCAUUAACAUAUGUCAUAUUUGGGACAUCACACCAUAUCUCCAUUGGUUCAUUCAGCAUUUUGAAUGCAAUGGUGGCAGAUGUUCUGAAGACUCUGAAUUUCAGCUCUGUAUUGACUACUAAUGGAACCUUUGCCAAUUUCUCAGAUGCAAAUUAUAUGAAGAGUUACAUGGAAGCCUUGACACUUACUGCAUCAACAACAUUUCUGACUGGGAUCAUCCAGUUGCUUUUAGGCUGCUUCUGCUUGGGGUUUGUCACAACCUAUCUGCCAAAGACCCUCAUCGAUGCUUACCUCACUGCAGCGGCACUGCAUGUCAUCGUAUCCCAGUUCUCCUUCAUCUUCGGGAUUGUGAUCAAGUUCCAUAUGGGCCCCCUGGCCAUUUUCUACAACCUGUUUCAUUAUUGCAUGGCUCUCCCAAAGGCUAAUGCCACCAGUAUAUUGCUAUUUUUGGUUGGCCUAGUCAUGCUGAGGAUCAGCAAUUGUAUCAGGAUCACUUACAAGCACAGUCCUGUUGCAUUCCCCAUGGAACUUCUCCUGAUUAUUACAUUCACCAUUAUUGCUAACCAUGUGCAUCUGCAUGCUGAGUCCAGUAUGCUUGUGGCCAAAAUGGUUCCAUACAGGUUUCUGCCUCCUACGCUGCCAGACUUAUCAAAUUUGAGUAGGAUUGUAGCCCAUGCCUUCUCCCUGGCUAUUGUAAGCUACUUCCUUCUCAUUUUUGUGGGAAAGAGGUACUCUUGUAUUCACAACUACAGCAUCUCCAGCAACCAGGAGCUCAUGACUGUGGGGUUAUGCAAUAUCUUCAGUUCAUUUUUCAAAAGCUUUGCUGUCAGCUGUGCUAUUUCUGGGACUGUCAUUCAGGAGAAGACAGGCGGAAAAACACAGUUUGCAGCACUAAUUGGAGCAUCCAUAAUGCUAGUGGUAGUGAUGAAACUAGGACACUUUUUCCAGUCUCUGCCUAAUGCAGUACUAGCUGCAAUUGUAAUGGUCAACAUGUUCCCAUUUCUUGAAAAAUUUAUGGAUGUCCCCACCCUGUGGAGACAGGAUAAGUAUCAUUUUGUUAUUUGGAUUGUGACUUUUGCAGCUGUUCUGUGUCUUGGUCUUGAUAUUGGCUUGAUCAUCGCAAUGGGAUUCACCUUCUUCAUCAUCACUGUUAGGUCACACAGAAUGAAGAUUGUGAUGCUGGGCCUGAUUCCAAACACGGAUCUAUACAGAAGUUUAUCUGACUACAAAGCGGCAGUGGAGAUUGAAGGUGUGAAAAUCUUCCAGUGUUGUUCCUCCAUUUCCUUUGCAAAUAUGAGACACUUCAAAGGCUACUUGUUACAGAAGAUGGAUGUGAAAGCAGUGCCCCUCGAUGAAAAUGAAAUGAGAGCUUUAAUCUCAGUUAGUCUGUCUAGCACUGGAUUGGAGAGAAAGGAUUUGAAGUGUGCCUGUGUUUGCGAUCCACCUGAGCUAUUACCCAGGAUACCCUAUACUGAGAAACUGGUGAAGCGACUUCAUAGGGAUAAUGAGUCUUCAUCAUCUUCCCUGAAUUUGAUACGUUGGUCAAAGUUUGAAAGGAAGCACAGUUCUGGGACUCUCACAACAGGAAUGUUGCAAACACAGCAUGCUCAGUCCACAGCCAUCAGGCUCAGGGCAGCAAGACCUGAAACUGGAAAGAAGGAUGAAGGGAAGAGGAUAUGGAAUUCUUCAGACGUUGGAGUAGAUACUUCCACAACACUAUUAUGCCAGGAACCAGUACAGUUGCAGUCCACAGAGUUUUCAGCAUAUCCAGUCCACACUAUUAUUUUAGACUUCAGCAUGGUGCAGUUUGUGGAUUUGCAAGCUUCAGAUUUACUGAGGCAGAUGUUCCACAUGUUUCAGAAUAUUGGCAUUUCGGUCCUGAUUGCCAGCUGCCACCUCUCUGUAAUAGCAAUCUUUGAGAAGAAUGAUUUCUUUGAUGACUGUGUCACCAAAGCACGGUUCUUUCUAACGCUGCAUGAUGCUGUGCUGGCCGCUUUGGAACAGAAUCAAAGGCCAGAGACUAUGGCACUCAGCACUGGACAGCCUGACCAGGAGUUAGAUGAAGGGCUCACAGAAGAACAGAAGGAGAGAAGUCUGCACUCCGGUAACAACAAAGAUACUUCCUCUUUAAAGACUACCAGGAGCGAACUCUUAAAUGAAGAGCCGAUAUCCGAUCUCUUCCGCACAUAUUCACUCCAGAGUGAAACAGAGAUGAACGUAUACCAACAAUAUGAUGCUCCACCCCCUGAGCCAGGUGACAGAGAUGAGGAGUGGGAGCAGAAGUGGAAAUAUGCCAGAGAUCCCUGAGAUGCACAAGAACUGACAGGGAAUCCUAGUCCAGUAUAUGGGGAGAGGUGCUGAUAUAGCACAGUUCAAGUAGUUCUUGCCUGCAUUUUGGUGGGUUUUUUUGCCUUUGUCUCUUUCAAAGUUAUUGAAGUAGCCACCUAGCCAGUCCAUCCAAUGGUUCUGCUGGUUUAAGGAAACCAGCACAGUUUAUGAAGUUACCUUUCAGGACUUUCAAACAGAGGGACUAUUUAGCAGCUAUUUUAACCUUUGUAGUGAAUUAACUAUAAAACUUGGAACCAUUAAAUUAAUUUUUACAUGUUUCUGAAAUUCUUUGUAGUUUUUUAAAUAUCCUCAAACACGGCACAUCUUUUGCAUGUUGUUUUUUUAGGGACUAAAUCUUGUUUGCAGUUUUCAGCAGAUUGCACACAUAUUAUUUCAUUAACCUCAGAUGCAUGCAAAAUGAGGUGACACUAUUGAACAGUGUUUCUCAACUUUUUUGAUACCAGGGCUUGCUGCCUUCCUAAAUUGUGUCAGGGAGAUCUCAGGGACCGGCGCCGGUCCAUGGACUUGGUCAUUGAGAAACACUGCUCUAGAAGAAAGCAUUUCGUCACUGAUACUUUGCUAAAGUUGCCUAGUGUAUUCAGUAAAAAACUCAAUACUUUGACUUUUUUUCCAGUUCUGCUAAUACCUCCUGCUGGUGAAUUAUGUUAUUUGCUUCUCUUUUUGGUAGACUUUCACUGAGACCGCAACAAAUGGAGACAUUUAGUUCAGUUUCAUUAUUAAGAGAUGAAAAAAUGGCUUCUUUAGAAUAAGAUAUAGGUGGCAAGUGGACAAAAACAAACUUCUCAGUUGUAUUAUCUGAGUACCAGCCUCAUACUCAAUAGACUGGUGAAACUGUGACAUCACCAUAAUGGCACAUGGUGGAGUUUUAUUUGGAACAGGAGCAGUCUUGCUAUAUCAGGGAUGCACAUCCCAAGACCAUGUGCACAUUCAGGAAAUUCUUCCCUGGCCUCAAUACCUAGAGUGAGGAUUGAGGGUGAAAUUCAUCAGCACAAGGUCCAUGUACCAUUUAAGUCCCUUUGUGAGACCAUAAAUUAGAUUUAAACAAUGCAUAGUCCCUGUACUGGUCCUGUGCUCCAGCAUGAAUUUCACUCUGUGAGAGCAUCUCCAGCCUCUGCUGUGUGCAUGGUGCAGUUUCUCCAUGUGGAGCAGUAGCAGGGAGACUAUAUAGGACUCUUACAAUGCUGGGCUUUCCUGGCGGUUAAGUUUUAACUAUAUGUGGGUGCAUAGAAAUGUUAAUAUUUAAUUAUUUGUAAUGUCACUUGAAUUAGUAAAUCAUCCAGACUUUUUCAAUUUAAAUUCCUACGGCUUCCAGGGAGUUUCUGGAGGAGGGACAUUGUACUGUAUCUGUG